AUGGGAGGCGAAACGGACAACCUUCCGACGCGGAGGCGCACCAACUCGGGGCUUAUGGGUUCUUCGGCCAUGAUCUCACCCAAGAAGGAAGAGGACACCACCUACGCCAAGCACACCCUGAUGCGAUGUCGAUAUUACUACGUCGGCUGUCAUGAGAUGAUCGAGAGCGGCAAAUACGUCCAGCAUCUGGAAGAUUACCAACGCGAGCAUCUGCGGCAGCUGGAGGCGACGGUGGCGCUCCAAUCGCAGAAGAUCGCCCUGCUCGAGACUCAAUCUGCGAAUGCGGUCGCGGCGCAGUUUAGGGAGGAGCUUCCUCGCCUGGUCGAGCCAGUUCGCACCGCCCCGCAGCCGCUGUCGGCGAGGGAACUCCUGAACGCGUUGGCGGACCUACUGGAGAAACAGCUGUGCGAGUUCUUCUCGUCGACUCGCGAGUUCGCUGCGCCCAAGGCCGAUGACUUCGACACGCCCGGCCUCAGGACAUGGCAGAUCAUUCACCUCUUCGUCCUCUCCUUUGUCGUUUUCUGCUACCUGUCCCUUGCUGGGAUGGGCAGGCUGUGGGCCGUGCUGCAGUUCGUGCCGUUGGUGGCCUACGGCUCGCUGAUGACCCUCCACUGGUGGUAUGCGCUGUUCUUCUCGCCGGCCGCCAACACGGUCAUCUCGCUCGGCGUCGUAUGCCUCUGGGGCAGUAUCAGCCUCUUCCUCCCUGUAUUCUAA